AUGCUGAUGGUUAUGACACUGAUGAAAUUUGGAAUGUGCCGAAUGAAGUAUCAGUCUUUGUCAACAUUUUUGAAAGAAACGGAAAAUGAUUACACCAUCGAUAAUUAUAAAACCAAAGAGGAGAGACUGAUUUUUAUGAAAUAUAACAAAUUUUCUUAUAUAUUCAUCAUGGCAGCGUUACCAUCGAUGACCUUCAUAAUUCUUUUAUAUUAUUUUAAAACUGUCAUACCGGGUAUAAUUAUGGUUAUGACAAAUUCUACAUCGGUAUAUAAAUUACCUUAUAAAAUAAAACCGUUAUUGAAGCCAUACGAUGCAAAAAGUUAUGUGUUUGGUUGCAUACACGAAUUUUUACGUAUAACAAUGGUCCUUUCCGCAUACGUCGGAACUGAUUGUUUAUUGGCUUCUACCGGUUUUCAUUUAACCGGCCAAUUGGCUAUUUUGAAGUGUAGAAUGAAGGAAAUUUUAAAGGAUACCGAUGGUUCUCGGCAAGGAAUUCAUAAAAUGAUUCUUCGACAUCAUCGUUUAAUAAGAUUAGCUGCAAUAUUAGAAGACAGUUUUAACAUCGUCAUUUGUCAACAAUUGUUAGGUACAACGAUUCAAAUUUGUAUAUCGAGCUAUCAAAUACUCUCCAGUUUAGCGGUAUUAGAAGGAAUUGGUAUAUUAACGUUCGCUAUAUACGUUUUCGUUUUGUCGAGCACAAUAUUCACUUAUUGUUACAUCGGUGAAUGUCUCAUCGAGGAAAGUACGAACUUGUGCGAUGCGUUAUAUCAUUGCGACUGGUACGAGCUAUCGACGAUCGAUGUGAAAUCCAUUUAUAUUUGCAUGAUUCGUGCUAGAAAACCACUGCAAUUGACUUGUGCGAAAUUUUGCGUUGUGUCCUUGCGCACUUUUACCGAUUUAAUGAAGACAUCGAUGGCAUACUUAUCAGUAUUGCGAACAUUUAUGUAAACUGAUUUGUGAAUUAGUCUGUAAUAAUUAUUAUUGGAGUAUUAUUACUAACAUUUUGAUAAAAAUUUGAAACGUACCGC